GAUGGAUGGGGAGAGCGAGGAGGCUGCUCUUCCGACGCACUCUAUUGGCUGAGAGUAGCAACUGGAGGAGGCGAGGCUGGCCCUGAUUGGGCCGGGCUGCAGCAGCUGGUGCUUCCCUGGCCAAUCCUGGGGAAGGCAGCUGUGCAGGGCAGGCGCACGUGGGAGGCUUGCAAGCUCGCCUCCCGCACUCCUUGCAACUGGGGCAGAGGGCGCUCCCUGGGCGGGCAAGAACGGCUAGGAGCCUCCCAGGGGGAGAAAGACAGGGUGCGUCUCUGACCGUUCUGCAGCUGCAGCUCCAGCUCAGCGGCAGCCCCUCUUGGCAGCUCCAGCCAGCCUCCCUUCUCCUCCCGCAUGGCUGAGGCAGACAAGCCCGCCUUGUCCGUCGUGACCUGCACGGCGCCUGUCAACAUCGCCGUGGUCAAGUACUGGGGGAAACGUGAUGAAGAGCUGAUCUUGCCUAUCAAUUCUUCUCUUAGCAUCACCCUGCACCAAGAUCAGCUCAAAACCACCACCACUGCUGCCAUCAGCCGGGACUUCAAAGAGGACCGCCUCUGGCUGAAUGGCCAGGAGGAUGACAUUGGACACCCUCGCCUCCAGUCCUGCCUGCGGGAGGUCCGCCGUCUGGCUCGCAAGCGGCGUAGCGCCAAUGGCAGCGGUGGUGACGAUGGCAGCAGCCGUGGUGACCCCCCACCCCUCAGCCUGGCCUACAGAGUCCACAUUGCCUCGGAGAACAACUUCCCCACGGCGGCUGGGCUGGCUUCCUCCGCGGCUGGGUACGCCUGCCUGGUCUACACGUUGGCCAAGCUCUACGGCGUGGAGGGCGAGCUCUCUGAAGUGGCCCGCCAGGGCUCAGGAAGCGCCUGCAGGAGCAUGUUUGGGGGCUUCGUGCAGUGGGUGAUGGGGCAGCAAGCCGACGGCAAGGACAGCAUCGCCCUGCAGGUGGCGCCGGAGACACACUGGCCCGAGCUGAGGGUCCUGAUUCUGGUGGUGAGUGCGGAGAAGAAGCCGGUGGGCAGCACGGCGGGGAUGCAGACCAGCGUGAAGACAAGCCUCUUGUUGAAGCACCGUGCCGAGGCUGUGGUUCCCGAGCGCAUGGCCCAAAUGAUCCAGCAUGUUCAGCAGUGCAACUUCGAGGGCUUCGCUGAGCUCACCAUGAAGGACAGCAACCAGUUCCAUGCUACCUGCCUGGACACUUUCCCCCCCAUCUUCUACCUCAACGACACCUCCAAGCAAGUGAUCGCCCUGGUGCAUCGCCUCAAUGCGCACUACGGCAAGACGAAGGUGGCCUACACUUUUGACGCCGGCCCCAACCCAGUCCUGUUCACCACGGAGGACACGAUGGACGAGUUGGUGGAGGUGGUGAGACGCAGCUUCCCUCCGGAGAAUAACGGAGGCCAAUUCCUGAAAGGUCUGCCGGCGAAAGCAGCCUCGCUGUCUGAGGAACUGGUAUCGGCGGUGGUGAGGGAUCCCAUGCCAGGAGCCAUCCGGUACCUGCUGCUCACCAAGCCUGGACCGGGGCCACUACUAGUGGAAGACGCAAGCUGCCAUCUCCUGGGAGCGGACGGGUUACCCCGAAGCAGCAGCAGCUGAGCAAAGAGGCUCCCUGUCCUUGUGGGGGCUGCAGCUGGAUCCGAGGCCGAAGAUUUGUGCAGGAAGCAGCCCCCUUAAACACCCCCCCCCACAAGAUGGGUGUGCAGAGGAGAGGCUGUCUCUUUAAGGGAACUGGGAAAGAUCUGGUGGUUAUUGGCAUGGGGAGUUGGUCUGGCCUUUCUUUUAUGGGUGGCGGCGGCUGUUCUUAUCAGGGGCUCCUCUGAGCCCAAAUCUUCCUGGGAAGCUUCCUCUCACUUGGUGCCUUUUCCUGACCUUUUCUGGGGGUUGGGAUUGCUCCCCUGUAGGAAAGGGAGGCUCAGCGGUAGAGCGCAGUUGGGCCAUUGCCGGUGGACCACCGAGUGCCUGCUGGGUGCUGAGAUCGGGGGUGGCCCUUUCAUGAGGCAAGGAGUGGCGGUCCCCCUCAGACGCCAAGAGGGCAGCAAGAUGCCACACACACCCCAGAGCAGCUCUUUGGACUGAUCUGGGCCUUGCACACUUUGAAAAGGGGCUGGCCCCCACCAAGGGGUCGUGAGGCAAGGCGGCAUCGGUGCCUUGUCCCAGGUGCUGCAGUGCCGAGAGCUUCCCCGGCUGGGAUUCUUGCAAAGAGAGCCAGACUGACAGACUCUGGCCUGCAAGCACCUCUUCUGCUCUGAAGCCAGAGGCUGCGCUCCGGGCCGCCAAGGCCUUUAAUGGUGGAGAGAGCCUAGGAAUGCACUCCCACUUGGUGACUCUCCAGCGCCUGCCCGGAGAGCCCCCCUUCCACCCAUUUGGCCCCAGCCCUAACCUGCCCUCCCCCAUUGCCUUGGAAUAGGGUUCCCCAACCUUGGGCCCCUGGAUGCUGUUGGGCUGUGGCUCUCCUCAUCCCAUUGUGGCUGGGGAUGAUGGGAGUAGUAGUCCAUCAGCACCUGGGGCUACCAAGCUGAGGACUCCUGCUGCCUUAGGCGGCCCCUGUCAACUUGCAGGAGAGAGACUCCGGGCCGGCUCCAUCAGACAAUGCCGUUGUGGCUGCAAUUCAGCAAGUCGGGAAUCCAAACGACUGUGCCGGCUUCCUCUGGCUCUCUGCGCUCUUUCUCACCGUUGCCCAGUUCCUGCCAUUCUCUUUGGCUCAAAAUCCCACUUGCGGUUCUUCUCUACAGUUUCAGUUUCAUUGUCGUGGUUGUCAUUUUUAAUGGAGGGUUUUAUUAAAAAAGAAAAGAAGAAAGUGAUGUC